AUUAAAACUCAAUGUUUGAAUGUUUUUUUUCAAUAUUUUGAUAUUUAUCUUAAUCCCGUCUCUAACAAAGCUGCCUCUAUUUUUAAAGUAAUAACAUCUUGGAAUAACAUCGGCUGUUGUGUCCAACAAGCUUCAUAAAAAUAAUAUUCGCUCAAGUCUUGGCUCAGCCCAACUUUUUCCACCACCAUUCUUCUUACGUCAACUUCUUGCUGAUAGUAAUUUGUUAUAAAGGCCACAGUUUCCACUGAAAAUAAAUAAUUUUUAAGGUGGUGGCUUUCCCAAGACUGGAGCAACGAGUAGAAUUCUGCAAUCAAAUCUCGGACGUUUCGGGUGACAGCUCGUGAGGUCGCUGGCGAAAACAGAAAUUUCUCAACGGGAAAAUGCAAAUUUCUCUUCAAUAAUAAGUGAGGGACGCUGCUCGGAGUGCGAUGCCCGAAGAUUGAGAGGCCGGACGAGAGUGGCGAGCCGUGAACGAGCGUCUGCCCCGAACGGUGCACCACGAACUCUGACCCAGUUGUGAACGACUCCGCUCUCUGCAGGUGCUGCACCCGCACCCUGAACUGAAUUUCACUCACCUUCCGUUCCUCUUUCAGCCCGAGCAUGGCCGGCGACGGCGACGAUGUGUCGGAUGUGCACCCGGAACGGCCCAACAAACUCAUGAAACUGUCUUCGUACCUGCUGGCUCUGCGGCCGUGGUCCCUGAGUGCGUCUCUGAUGCCCACCCUGCUAGGAAGUGCCAUCGCACACAAGAGCACCGGCGACUUCAACCCAGUCCUGCUGGUGGUUACGGCGUUCACUGUCCUGUCGGUGCACGGAGCUGGAAAUGUGGUCAACACCUACUUUGACUACAUCAAGGGCAUCGACAGCAAGAAGCAGAGCGACGACCGCACCCUGGUCGACCAGCUGCUGUCCAAGGACGAAGUGGUCACUCUAGGCGCCAUGCUUUACAUGUUGGGCUGCGUCGGCUUCAUCAUGCUAGCCAUGCUGUCCCCGGCCAAGAUGGAGCACCUAGCGCUCAUCUACUUUGGAGGACUGUCCAGUUCUUUCCUGUACACUGGAGGAAUCGGGCUCAAGUACAUCGCCCUUGGUGACGUCCUCAUCUUGGUCAUAUUUGGGCCGCUAUCGGUGCUUUUCGCCUUCAUGGCCCAGACGGGCAAGGUUGCCUGGGCUUCCAUGUACUACGCCAUCCCUCUGGCCCUCAACACGGAGGCCAUCCUGCACAGCAACAAUGCUCGGGACCGUCAGAGCGAUGCCAAGGCUGGAAUUGUAACUCUGGCCAUCCUGGUGGGACACACAGCCUCCCAUGUGCUGUACGCAGCUUUUUUGUUCGGGCCGUACAUCAUUUUUGUGGUGAACGCUAUGCACCAUUCGGUAUGGCUGUUGCUACCACUCAUCACCCUACCAUCAGCCUUCCAGUUGGAGAAGGAGUUCCGAAGCGACAGCAUGCAGCGAGUGCCGCGCAAGACUGCCCGACUUAAUCUGUUCUUUGGACUGCUCUACGUGGUGGCCAUCUACAUGUCGGACUCGAAUAGAUUGCCGUACAUCCACUAGUGCCGGUACUUAGUUUUGUUUUUGCGCAGAGUGGCCACUUUUAGUGACCACACCUUGCGCCUGGCAGGAGAGAUAUUUAUAUGAUUGCUGUUAUAGUCCAGGAGGUAUUACACAAAGGUUGGCAGCAGCAACCAUUUGGUGUUGGUUCUUGAUAGGACUGCAAGCGCAAUGACUUUUUUCUAAAAUAAUAAGGCAUGGAAUAAUUGUCUCUGACGCGUGUGUGCUGUCAAUUAUGGUUGUUCUUGUUGGUUCUGAAUGAAGAAAGUGCCAAGGUGUAGAGAUAACUAUUUAUAACUUUUUGCGAUUUUUGCAACGAUUGGUCGGAUCAGUAUGCGUUAUGUUAUGUUCGUUGUAAUUUGCUCAAAUUAUAUAAUGCUACUUGAUAAUGCGGAUAAUACCAGGAAGCUAUUUGUAUUGAUUUUAUUUUAAUCUGAACUUUGCUUUAAUUUAUAAUAUUGUAACACCACAUGAAGUAAAUGUACAGCUCUUAAGCAGGGCUGUUAAUUUCUCAUUUUACUUGUUGCUUGAUUUAAUAUGCAUAUGAAUAGAUGUCUGAGCUUCAUUACUCAAUCUAAUUUUUUAGCAGGAAACUGACUGUUCACUGGGCUACUAAGUAGUGUUGGUAUGAUAUAUCAAUCAAAAAGGGCGGUUAAAUCGUAUGCUCAGACGUCUUUGAACUACAGGCCGGUGCUUGAUGUGUUGGAAAAGUCGAAGAUACAGAUUUUUGCAGCUAUGAAAUUUAUGUGUGCUGACAAUACUCAAAACACACUAAAAUGUGCUUAAAUUUUGAAUAAACCUAUUCUUCUGUCAAAAAUGAA